CAAGCAUCUCUCUCCCAUGCGCCUCACACAGAUGCUCGCCUCCGACAUGAUCCCCCAUCAAGCAGCAUCGUUCCAUCGGUCAAGAGGGUUGUUUUCUCCAAUCAUCACACCUGCCAUCGCUGCGCUGUCACCUGUACCCGGUUACACACUUGGUUCGGUACCUACGUACCAAUCAUGGCAUUCACGCGCAGUGCCUCGACCAUGGCAUUUUGGCGCUCAUGCGUGAACACCCCUGAUGCUUGGUAUGCAGGCGCCGAGACCGGGGAAGAGACCGGGGGUUAA